CACGGAACCCUUCCAGCGACCAAUACAGAAGAUCGUUCAGCCUGAAAAGACAAAAAUAUCCUUUAAUCCUUAGUACCAAAAUCAUCAACUUCAGGGGCAUUUGAGUCUCAUUAAUGCAGAGCAUUCCUCGGAACCUCCUCGGUCUUCACCCCACCCUAACACCCUUCAGACACCAGAAAACAGAAGCCUCACCGCCGGCCAGGGUCUUUUGCCCAUUGCCCUCUCGUACUCCGAGUUGUACCGCAGAGGACCAACGCCGCAAACAAGUCUCUCUCGCUCCCUCUUUCCCGCUUCUCUCUCUGUGCUAUGUUUUCUGUUUAUUUUUUUAGCUCUCUUUUCUCGGUCUCUUCUUCUGCUGGAAAUAUUUUCUGUAUAGGAGAUUAGGAGUCGCCGACGAAUUUAUUUGAAAAUCAUUAAUAUAUAUAUCCAAGAAUAUGAAAGUGGGACUCCUCACUCCUCUCGUCUCCUCCUCCUCCAUGAGACCCGACUCUCGUUUUCGUUUUUCUUUUGGUUUCUAUUUUCUCGUUUCUUCCCAAUGAUGACUUAUUAGGUUUUAGUCUGGUUUGAUUUGAGAUGUGGUGAAGUUUCUUAUCUUAUUUGACCAUUUGUAGCCUUGGUAGAUUAACCUGUCCAGGUGUUUCGGGGUUUCCGAAAGUCAACCGCAGCUGAGCUAAAUGUCGAGGCCCCCGCCCCAGGUCACGAUAACCCUGGGGCGUACUGGUCAGGUCGUUAAGAAACCAGGACCCGUAACUGAUAAUGUCCGUUCUGAUUAUGUUCCAUCUUCUGGGAGUAAGCGAUCCGUAAGAGAGAGACUAGGAAGUAAUUUUGACAAUCCCAUGCUGUAUGGCAACCAACCUAAAAAUAAAAGACAAAGGAAUGAUAGUAAUAGGUGGAGUCCAACUAGAAACGAUUUAGCUGGUGCCCAGGUGGGUAAAGAUGAUCUUCGGUUCAAGCUCAUGCAGAAACACAUGUCUAGGCGAACUAGAAGUGAUGAUGGUGACCAAAAUAACAUGGACCUUCGUGAAAAGUUGUCAAGGACAGCACAUUGUGCAGUGGCAAUUGAUACUCACCACUGCAUGCCUGCACCAAAGGCCACUAACCUUUUGAGGCAGAUCCCCCCUACAAGGAGUGCGGAUGAUUUGCUCCACAUGGACUCAUUGAGGAAAUCAUACUCUGCCUGGAGUAUGGAUGGAUUGCGACAUAGAUCUCCAGAUAGAAUUUUAGGUAACUCUAGGGGCUUCUCCCCUCCAAUGAGUAUGGCUGAGCUGCGGCAAACUUCAUCAAUUAGGCAAAUUGAUGCUUCAAGACCCUCCGCUUAUAUGAGCAAAGAAGUUCUUGACAAUUCAAGGCCUACAGGUCGUAUGCCACUUAUGACAAAACCUGGUGUACCUCUUGAAGCUGCAAAACCAGUUGCCUGGCUACCUCCAGCAAAUGGCAUCAUGCAAAAGAGUUCAUGCAUGGGUGAGGAACCACCUAGUGUUGCUAGCCUGUUGCAUUCACUGGGUCUGGGAAAAUAUGCUGUUCUCUUUCAGGCCGAGGAAGUGGACAUGACUGCACUGAAGCAGAUGGGGGACAAUGACCUCAAGGAGAUGGGGAUACCAAUGGGUCCGAGGAAGAAGAUUCUCCUUGCUGUCUUGCCUCGUCUCAAACGACAACAACCAUGAUUACAAGCUUGGAUGAUAGUAGAUAAGUGGUAUUUUUUGGCUGCAUGGUAGGAACCUCAUUUUUAGAAAUCCUGUACAUGUCUACUUGAUCCCAUAACCAUAUAUUUCUUUUUAAAUUGGGGUGGAAGCUAGCCCAUGAGCAGUUCAAAUAUAAAAUCAUAAAAGAAUUCCUUUCUAUUUCAGCCUUAUUAAAGAAUGACUUGGACUCUCUCUCUCUCUCUCAAACCAUAAAACAACUCUAUUUCAGCUGCAAAUGGUAUCUGAAUUCUGAAUUCGUUCUGUAUAUAAUUGGAUCAAAUAUGGAUCCGCUCCUA